AUGCUCCCAGUUGUCCUGAGAAGAGAUGUCACGGCCCUGCUGAUCUGGUCAGCGCUGGUGUCCCGUGCAGUACUCCGUAAGGUACAGAGCGUCGUUCUUGUCCUCUUUCUGGUGCUUACAUACAGCACAUCUAAUAUGCUUUACAGGCUCUACCGAUGCUACGAUAGGGGUAUGGACAAGGGGUCCACGAAUAGGAGCGCGGCGCCUGGGCCAAAGGCGUAUCAGAUAUCCGAUGCGGCCCAGCGAACGGGAUAUUACUAUGGGUCCUGGCCCUGGGUCCUGGCAGCAGCAGCGAAGCUCUUGUCUCAGGAGUCAAACGGCUUCCUUACCACAUCGAUGGCAUCGACAGCCUCUCCCGCCUCGAUGAGAGCCAGUCUUUCACUGUCAGCAGAAGGAUGUAUUGGCCGCAGGACCUCUCCCAGAAGCUAUGAAUCUGAACCAGAGCGGAAACGACGUUAUGGCGGCUAG